AUGUCAACAGGCGUUUACGAAAUUCCGCUCAUUACUGAAAGUUUGCUUGAAAUAAUUUUAAGGGAAUUAGAAACCGGCAGAAAAAUUGCCGUUACCAUCAAAAAUGAAUCUUCUGUAACUCUCGAAAAUCCUAAAGUUUAUUUUUCUUCCGGUACAUCACAAUUUGGGCUCCCUUCGCCUCCACUUUAUAGUGGCAAAGGUUUGGUCUGGGGUGCUCGCAAGAGUGAGUAUGUGACUAGAGGAACCGCAGGAGUUAUCGUGUACCACAUCAAAGAUUAUAACCUAUCUUUGGCCUUUAUGUGGAGUGUUCCUUUAGUCUACUUAUUUUAUACGAAUUGGUGGAAUUUAAAGAUUUAUGAAGGUUUUAUCGAACCUGAUGAAGAAUUUUUUUGGAAGAUGUAUUAUGACUAUCCUCAUAAAGGAGAUGGUAAUCCUUACAGCGGAACUCUUAGUAGAUGGAGUUACGAAGGAUCGAUGGGGGACGCUGGACAAUCUACUAUCACUAUUACCUUCCGAGAAGGAAAAGCUUAG